GGCGUGCCCGGUGGGCGGGUUGAGGGGAUCGUGAGGCGGAUUGAAGGUACUCGAGUACUAAGUUGCCAUAAAGCAUCGGUUCCAAACUCUUUGAACUACAGCAACUCUGUCUUAUGUGCUGCAUUUAAGCAGAUCAUUGUAAGAAUGCAGUUCUUUGGCCGUUUGGUAGAGACACUGAAUACUGUGACCAACCUCUUUGCCAACCCUUACCGGGUACGAGAGGUGCCACUGUCCGAAUAUGUGUCACACAGCAGAAUUAUGGACGACGGACGGGUGGUGCUGUAUCGGACAGCACAGUCUUGGGACUGCUUGUUUAUCAACCCCAAAACACCUCAGAAUGCUUUCAGGUUGUUCCAGGUGAGCUCUGAAGUGGAAGCAAGAACAAUGUUUGUACAGUUUGCAACGAAGAUGAGACCAUUUUAUGAGAUCUCGCCAGACUCACUGAAAGUUGACACUGUGCAGCAGCUGACUGACUGUUUGCGAAGCCAUCCAAACUGGCCCUUGGCUCAUGUAGCCGUAGAGAUGAGCAUGAAGGACAGCUUUCGCCACAAUCACAUUAUGCGAUGCAUAAACGAUACGGAGAGCGAAGAGGGGAUCACCCCUCUACACCUUGCUUGCAAGAAGGAUGACAUUGACUGUGUUCGUGAGCUGGUGGAAGAAUGUGGAGUCAGGUUAGACAUUGCAGACAAGAAUGGGGAAACUGUCUUCCACUACGCGGCUCGUCAGUCUAACUGCCAGAUGAUCGAGUUGUUCAGCAAACACCGCUCUGUUGGAGUGAAUCACUUGAGCAAAAGCGGUGAGACGCCACUUCAUGUUGCUUGUCGACUGGGAAAAACUGAUGUUGCUAAAUCCCUGCUCCAUUGCCAAGCCAAUUGUAAUAUUGUUGGAUCGCACGGUUAUCCAAUCCAUACAGCCAUGAAGUUCAUCCAGGCAGGGUGCGCUGAGGCUAUCCUAGACACAGACCCAAGUCAAAUCUCCACUGAAGAUCCUCAUUAUGGAGGGACACCUCUCCAUUGGGCCAAGAAAUCAGAUAUGAUCCGACUGCUGAUUAACCGUGGAUGCGCCUUGGACUACUUAAGUAAAACUGGAGAGACACCACUGCACAUCAUGGUGAAACGUGGGCGUUUUGAGUGUGCCAUGAUUCUGUUAGUACAUGGAGCAGAUACAAAUGCAAAAGGCGAAAGUGGGAACACUCCUCUUCAUCUUGCCAUGAAGCUUGAUAACCUGGAACUUAUCAAGGCUCUGAUCGUGUUUGGGGCUAAUGUGAAAUUGCCCAAUGAUUUCGGCGAGACACCUGGUUUGAUUGCUGCACGCCACAGUAAAGGCAGUAACCGGAAGGUGAUGCUGAACCUCCUGUGUAGUAUAGGGGCUGAACGCUGUUAUCCACCUUCUCCAGACUCCCCCUCACCGUCACCCAGCUAUACUGCAAGACCAGUCCCAGUGAAAACCAACCGUGGAUUAGGAUUUGAGGAUAUCUUAGGGAUUGCCACUGUAGUCAGUUCCUUAUCGAAAGGGCUAGAUGCUGCAGAUGGUGAUGGAUAUGUGCACAGGAGAUAUGAUCGUUUGCUGUGCUUGGAUGGGGGUGGAAUUCGAGGGCUUGUUCUAAUUCAGCUACUUAUUGCCAUCGAGCAGGCUGCUGGCCAGCCCGUCCGGGAGCUGUUCGAUUGGAUAUCGGGCACCAGCACUGGUGGAAUUCUGGCCCUUGCUAUUGUACAUGGCAAAUCCAUGCAAUAUCUGCGUUGCCUUUAUUUCCGGAUGAAAGAUGAAGUGUUUAAAGGAUCCAGACCAUUCUCAUCGGUUCCACUUGAGGAGUUUCUGAAGAAGGAGUUUGGGGAAAAUACCAAAAUGACUGAUGUCACCAAACCUAAAGUGAUGGUGACAGGAACUCUGGCUGAUCGGCAUCCUGGGGAGCUUCACCUGUUCCGCAACUACAACCCGCCAGAACCACAGCAUGAUCCACCUUAUAUGAGGACAGCAGAGUUCCAGGCACUCACCCAACCUAAAGACCAGUUGGUGUGGCGAGCAGCUCGUUGCAGUGGUGCGGCCCCUACCUACUUCCGACCCAUGGGCCGCUUCCUGGACGGAGGGCUGCUUGCAAACAAUCCAACGCUGGAUGCCUUGACUGAAAUCCAUGAAUACAAUCAGAACCUGAGGAGAAAAGGUAGAGAUGAUCAGGUGAAGAAGCUUGGUAUCGUUGUUUCUCUUGGAACGGGAAAGCCGCCACAGGUACCUGUGACUUCUGUCGACGUCUUCCGUCCCUCCAAUCCUUGGGAGCUGGCUAAGACAGUCUUUGGUGCCAGAGAGCUGGGCAAGAUGGUGGUUGACUGCUGCACUGAUUCAGAUGGUCGAGCGGUGGAUCGAGCCAGAGCCUGGUGUGAAAUGGUGGAUAUUCCAUAUUUCAGGCUCAAUUCACAGCUGAAAACGGAUGUGAUGUUGGAUGAGAUUGACGAUGCUAUUUUAAUCAACAUGCUUUGGGACACACAAAUCUACAUCCACCAGGAGAGGGAGAGAAUCCAACAGCUCGUUCAACUUCUGUUAAGUGCUUGACUUAGGUGGGGUUGAUUAAAAAAAAUGAAAAGCUGCAUUAAUAAAGACUGACCAAGUUGGCUUUGUGAGCACCUAUCAUUUACAGAGCUGACUGAAUAUUAUAUGUUUAAUUUUUCAAGUACUGAAGAUUAAAACGAAACAGUGCUGCUUUGCUGCACCAGUUGCACUUCAGUUAUACAGAUAUACAGUGGCUGAUCCGAAGUGUCUUGAGUUUAGUCCAAAGAAAGCCAAGAAAGAGAACAAAGAGAAAAUAUCUUGGUUUGGAAUAUUCCAUCCAUCAAUGUCAUAUCUUGCCUUUUCUCUUUACAGUCUGUUACACACUUUCAUUUCACAUUUGAGAAGAAUGACUGCUGUCACAGUAAUGGAGAGAGUGAAUCAAGAGGAAUGGUUUCCACUGCCACGUACUUUGUUUUUCAUCCACCCCCGCCCCACUUUAGUUAACCCAGAAAAUGGUGUUGGGUAACAUGUUCUUGUAGGCUUGAAUUUGUCUGAAUAGUUGUUGCAAAGGCAGAAGGUAGAAAUCAAUCCAAUGAAACAUAAACAAAGGCUCCAUCUAUCCUCAAUGGGAGGCAUAAACAAAAUCUCCUGCUGCUAUUUGCGGGAUGUCACUGUGUAUUACUUGGCUGCUGUCUUUCCUGCAUUACAACAGAAGGCAAGAUGGGGAAAAAAAUGUUCAAACACUAGACUGACCACAAAGCACUAGGAAACCUUCUGAGGUCAUGAAAGGUGCUAUAGAAAUCUAGGUCUUUAUUUUAAAACCCUUGAUCAAACAGAUGACACAGCGCCUCAGAGAGAGGAAAAUGUGAUGACCAAAUAGACUUUCAUUAUGUUUUCAACAUUUCUUUGUCAUAAAUUUGCAAAUUGACAUUGAACUGACUGCCUUACUUAACAUUAUGUUUUAAUGUAUUUAAAUUAUACACUUGGUUUUGGUGGUUGCAUUUAAGAAUAUGUCAUGAUGAUGAGCUUAUUGAAGUGAAAAACCAAUAAACAGUUUUGUGAGUGUGUGCAUCAAACCUUCAACUGAUGUUACAAUCUGCAGGAUUAAACUGUAAUACCGUGUGCCUCAGUUAUCUGUAAUUAUGUAAUUCUGAUCUUCAUUUUCACUAACAAUGUACAAUGUGAAUAUAAUAAAAGAAUAACUAAAAUGUU